AUGAACCACAAAGAAAAGGAAAAGCAACCACGGGUGAGAACGAACGACGAAGGGGACAAGAAGAAAAACGACAAGGAAAGGGGAAAAUGGAAAGGGCGCGAGGGAGAGACACAGGGGCAAACAGACGAACAACAGCGAUGGGGAGGGGUCAGCCCAGAAAAAUCAGAGCUAAGCAAGCUGCGUCGCGUUCCAGACCGUUCUUCGUUCCUUCGCUAG